AUGACUAGCAACCGUGUUACAAACGAUGAAGACAUAACUAGCGCUGCUUCUUCUCGUCGCCAUGUUGAGAACUUGCCAUAUGUUCACAAGGUGGGAGUUCCUCCCAAGCAGAGUUUGUUAAAGGAGAUUACGUAUGCUUUGAAGGAGACAUUCUUGCAUGAUGAUCCCUUACGCCCGUUUAAGGACCAAACAGGAACACGAAAGUUGAAGCUUGGCAUUGAAGCCAUUUUUCCCAUAUUGGAUUGGGGAAGACAUUAUAAUCUCUCUAAGUUUAAAGGUGAUCUGAUUGCUGGACUUACCAUUGCAAGUCUGUGUAUUCCUCAGGAUAUUGGAUAUGCAAAACUUGCAAAUUUGGAUCCUCAGUUCGGGCUGUAUAGUAGUUUUGUUCCGCCCUUGAUAUAUGCCUGCAUGGGUAGUUCAAGAGAUAUUGCCAUUGGACCAGUAGCCGUGGUGUCUCUAUUGCUUGGGAGUAUGCUUCAAGAUGAGAUCGACCCCAAGAACAAAAUAGAGUAUCAGCGCCUUGCAUUUACAGCAACAUUUUUUGCUGGAGUUACUCAGUUUGUACUUGGUUUUUUCAGAUUGGGAUUCUUGAUUGACUUUCUUUCUCAUGCUGCCAUUGUUGGAUUUAUGGCUGGAGCAUCAAUCACUAUCAGCCUUCAACAACUCAAAGGUCUACUGGGGAUAAAGAAAUUCACAAAGAAAACUGAUAUUGUUUCCGUGAUGCGUUCUGUGUUCACUGUAGUACAUCAUGGGUGGAACUGGCAAACUAUCUUAAUAGGAGUCACUUUUUUGGCUUUCCUUCUCCUUGCCAAGUACAUUGGCAAAAAGAACAAGAAAUUGUUCUGGAUUCCAGCAAUUGCUCCAUUGAUUUCAGUUAUCAUUUCGACCUUUUUCGUCUACAUCACUCACGCUGAUAAAAAGGGUGUCCAGAUUGUGAACGAUAUUCAUCGAGGCAUCAACCCUUCGUCUGCGAAGAAAAUAUAUUUCACUGGUGACUAUCUUGCAAAAGGUUUCAGGAUUGGGGCUGUAGCAGGCAUGGUUGCGUUGACAGAAGCUGUAGCAAUUGGUCGGACAUUUGCAGCCUUGAAGGACUAUAAUAUAGAUGGAAACAAAGAAAUGGUAGCAUUAGGGACAAUGAAUGUGAUUGGCUCAAUGACAUCUUGUUACGUGGCUACAGGGUCAUUCUCUCGUUCUGCUGUAAACUACAUGGCUGGAUGCAACACAGCAGUGUCAAACAUCGUCAUGUCUUGCGUUGUACUACUAACUCUAGAAGUGAUCACCCCGUUGUUCAAAUACACACCAAACGCCAUAUUGGCUUCCAUCAUUAUAUCAGCUGUGGUAGGAUUAUUUGACAUAGACGCGAUGAUUCUUAUAUGGAAGAUCGAUAAAUUUGAUUUUGUUGCUUGCAUGGGAGCCUUCUUUGGUGUGGUUUUCAUCUCAGUGGAAAUAGGCCUUCUGAUCGCAGUGGCUAUAUCUUUCGCGAAGAUUCUCUUGCAAGUGACAAGGCCAAGAACAGCAGUACUAGGUAAAAUUCCUAGGACUAGUGUUUAUAGGAACAUUCAACAAUAUCCAGAAGCAAUAAAGGUUCCCGGUGUUCUGAUUGUACGAGUUGAUUCUGCAAUCUACUUCUCCAAUUCAAAUUACAUCAGGGAAAGGAUCUUGAGAUGGCUAACUGAUGAAGAAGAGCAGCUGAAAGAAAAUAACCUACCAAGAAUCCAAUAUGUGAUUGUUGAAAUGUCUCCUGUAACUGAUAUAGACACCAGUGGCAUUCAUGCUUUGGAAGAUUUAUACAAAAGUCUACAAAAGAGAGAGAUACAGCUCGUUCUAGCAAACCCGGGACAAGUUGUGCUUGACAAGCUCCAUGCAUCGGAUUUUGCAAACAAGAUUGGAGACGACAAAAUCUUCCUCACUGUUGCGGAUGCCAUUACGACUUUGGCUCCCAAGAUGGAGCCUUGA